GAGUGUCGCUGGCGCCUUGGCAUCAGAACCAAAAGUGAAACAGAGCUGUACGUAUCGUGCAUAAACAAAGUAUUCUAUUCAACUGCAUAUCCUCAAGGAUAAUAAUUUAUUGCAAUUGUUUAUAAAUCAAACUACCAAUUUUAAUUGAAUUACAUCAAGAUGCCUGAAAACGUAGAAACUGGUGAUGUUGAGACAUUUGCAUUUCAAGCUGAAAUUGCUCAGCUUAUGAGUCUAAUUAUAAACACCUUUUACUCCAAUAAAGAAAUAUUUCUUCGUGAAUUAAUUUCAAACUCAUCUGAUGCCUUGGACAAGAUUCGUUAUGAAUCAUUGACUGAUCCAACCAAGCUUGACAGCUGCAAGGAUCUUCACAUCAAGAUCAUUCCAAACAAGGCUGAUAGAACUCUAACCAUCAUUGAUACUGGUAUUGGUAUGACUAAAGCUGACCUUGUCAACAACUUGGGUACAAUUGCUAAAUCUGGCACCAAGGCAUUUAUGGAAGCACUUCAAGCUGGUGCUGAUAUAUCAAUGAUUGGUCAAUUUGGUGUUGGUUUUUAUUCAGCAUAUCUUGUUGCUGAUAAUGUAACAGUCAUAUCAAAACAUAAUGAUGACGAACAAUACAUUUGGGAAUCAUCUGCUGGUGGAUCAUUUACAAUUCGUCAAGAUACUGGUGAAUCACUUGGUCGUGGUACUAAAAUGAUCUUGACAAUUAAAGAAGAUCAAGCUGAAUAUCUUGAAGAGUCAAAGAUCAAAGAAAUUGUUAAAAAACAUUCACAAUUUAUUGGUUAUCCAAUUAAAUUAUACAUUGAAAAAGAAAGAGAAAAAGAAUUAACUGAUGAUGAAGAAGAAGAAGUUAAAGAUAAAGAUAAAGAUGAUGAUACACAACCAAAAAUUGAAGAAGUUGGUGAAGAUGAAGAGGCUGAUGAUAAAGAUAAGAAAAAAAAGAAAAAAACAAUUAAAGAAAAAUACAUUGAUGAUGAAGAGUUGAAUAAAACAAAGCCACUUUGGACAAGAAAUCCAGAUGACAUUACUCAAGAUGAGUAUGGUGAAUUUUACAAGAGCUUGACAAAUGAUUGGGAAGAUCAUUUAGCUGUUAAACAUUUCUCAGUUGAGGGUCAACUUGAAUUUAAAGCUCUGCUAUUUUUACCACGUCGUUCACCAUUUGAUUUGUUUGAAAACAAAAAGAAAAAGAACAACAUCAAGCUGUAUGUUAGACGUGUCUUUAUCAUGGACAAUUGUGAAGAUCUUAUUCCAGAGUAUCUCAAUUUCAUGAAGGGUGUUGUUGACAGUGAAGACUUGCCAUUGAACAUCAGUCGUGAAAUGUUACAACAAAAUAAAAUUCUCAAAGUUAUUCGUAAAAAUCUUGUUAAAAAAUGCAUGGAGCUAUUUGAAGAAAUAUCAGAAGAUAAAGAAAACUUUAAAAAAUUCUAUGAACAAUUUUCAAAGAAUCUCAAACUUGGUAUUCAUGAAGAUAGUACAAAUAGAAAAAAAUUAUCUGAAUUAUUGAGAUAUCAUACAUCAGCAUCUGGUGAUGAAAUGUGUUCAUUGAAAGACUACGUUGAUCGUAUGAAGGAAAAUCAAAAACACAUUUAUUAUAUUACUGGUGAAAAUAAAGAUCAAGUUGCUAACAGUGCAUUUGUUGAAAGAAUCAAGAAACGUGGUUUUGAAGUUGUCUACAUGACUGAGCCAAUUGAUGAAUAUGUUGUUCAACAAUUGAAAGAAUUUGAUGGUAAACAAUUGGUCUCAAUUACAAAAGAAGGCUUGGAACUUCCAGAAUCUGAUGAAGAUAAAAAACUAAUGGAAGAAAACAAGACUAAAUUUGAAGAGUUAUGUAAAGUCAUGAAAGACAUUUUGGACAACAAAGUUGAAAAGGUUGUUGUAUCAAAUCGUCUUGUUAAUUCACCAUGUUGUAUUGUCACAUCACAAUAUGGUUGGACAGCAAACAUGGAAAGAAUCAUGAAGGCCCAAGCACUCAGGGACACAUCAACAAUGGGUUACAUGGCUGCCAAGAAACAUCUUGAAAUUAAUCCAGAUCAUCCAAUCAUCGAGAAUCUUAGAAGCAAAAUUGAAGUUGACAAACAUGAUAAAUCAGUCAAAGAUCUUGUUGUAUUAAUUUAUGAAACAUCAUUAAUGGCAUCUGGAUUUGCCCUUGAAAAUCCACAAGUUCAUGCAACUAGAAUUCAUCGUAUGAUUAAAUUGGGUCUUGGUAUUGAAGAUGAUGAUGUACCAAUGGAAGAAGUCAAAGAUUCAUCUGAUUCUACACCAGUUGUUGAAGAAGCCACUGAAGAUUCUUCAAGAAUGGAAGAAGUUGAUUAAAUUCAAUUUCAAAACAACAACAACAACUACAAAUUACAACAUCCAAAGACUUUUGAGAAGAAAAAAAAAAAUAAUAACAAAAUGACUGUGGUAUUAUACUUGUUGAGUAUUUACUAUUAAACUUAAUUUUUUUUUUUUCAUUAUUAUGAAUAAUUUUGACUGAUUUAAUCAUCAAUAGUUACUCAAUGUAUUUAUUCAUUUUUUUUUUUUUUUUGUAUCUUGUCUGAUUGUCAUCAUUCCAUGACUUGAUGUAAAUUCAUUUUCAUCUUAAUUAUUAGAACACAUGAUCAUUGUUUAUAUGUAUAAAUUAAUAAAGUACAAUUAAUUAAUAAAAAAAUAAUUAUCUUUUAAAUUA